AUGAGCGACACCGCCGAGAUUGAAUCCGACCCGGGGUACUCCCCGUCUACACCCUCAGAACGCUCUGUCUCUCCAGAUAUCCAACCAUCCAAACCACCUUCCAAAUCGCCUACAACCAAAACGCCUAGAAAAAGCAGUGCAAAUACAACAACCAAACCGCCCAAUAUACCCAAACUACCUAAUCCAAUUGAAUUGCCUAAAACUAAGCUACCUCCUCUCAUUAAUGACGGAAAAGCCGAUAAUGUCGAUCGCCAAGUUGGAGAGGCGCUUAUGCGGCGCUCGCCGCAAAUGCCCGGAUCGCUCUUGUUUAUGCGAACCUAUACACACCUUCUCGCUGAAUCAAAGAAGGAAAUCGAUCAUACCUGGUCGAGGCAUCAGGAGGAUGUCUUCCAGGUGAGCCAGCAUGGCUCGGUGGUCUGGACUUCAACAGAGAAGGAAGCGUUCUUCAAUGCGCUAGAUCGCAAAGGGAAGGGCGACAUCAAAGAGCUUGCCGCAUCAAUCGGCACCAAAUCCGAGCUUGAGGUUAUGGAGUACAUCAGUCUCAUGCAUCGGGCUUUGGAGAUCCAGUUUCGCUCUGGCUCAGCGGAUUCUAUGCCCGUGCUUGGAGAUAUUCCAGCAGCCAAAGAGAUCAGCCAAAAAGGCUGUGAGAUGCUUGACGAUUAUGCCGAUGUUUUGGUGUUGACCGAAUCUCUCACCCAAGCAAAAGCCGGCAAGCAGGAUUACGGAGACUUCUGGAACAUUACUGGUCCUGCUGCUUUGGAGCUGGUGAAUGCCGUUGAUGAUGAAAACGACAACACGGUCCGAGGUGAUCUGCAUCUCGCGGCUACUUUGCUUUACCUUCCCGACUGGAUCCAACUAUCUCGAAGACUAUUCAUGAACUUCGGUGGCAAGAAAACAGAAGAUCAUUGGACGAAUAUCGCAAGCUCCAAAAAGAACAUCACGGCGCAUGAUCAGACGCCGUCAAUGGCCGCAGAAAGCGCCAUUGAUUUCUACGCCCUUACUGUCAGCGUCACGCGGCGUCUGGUCCAGUCAGCUAUCUUCUUUUCCAUGUCGAGAAGACGUUGUUCAACCCGCAAAGGCAGCAACAGAAAACCUCUCAUUCGAGUGUCCGAUGUGCGAGCAGCCAUCGAAGUCCUCAACAUGAAGCAUCGUCGACCCAACUUUGUAGACACAGCUCGUCGAAAUGAACUCCAAAUAGCCGACAUCCAUAACCGCAAAGGUUGGGUACCUACUCCGUUCACCUACGAAGAAGCCGAAACAAUAAUCCGAAAGCGCAAGUGGUCCAGAUACCGCAGCAACGCAGCUAUAUCCGGCGGUGCCGAUCAAGACAACGAAGAGGCGGAGAACGUGAUUGAAAUCGAGGAUUCCGACGAUGAACUCGAAGCAGAAGACGCAGAAGGAACAGAAUCGCAAUCCGAAUUCGAACCCGAGGUCGUUGAUCUUGAUCCCUCGUCUUCUCGAGAGGGGUCACCGGGUUCUGGGUCGGAGAUUUCGUCUGAUGCGGAGGAGCUGGAGAUGGACGACGAAGAAAAGCACGCAGAUGCCGCAGAUGAAGCUGCCAGUCGCCUUGAAGAAGCAAAGUUUUUGCAGCUGAUGGACAAAUCUGGAGAGUACGUUGCGGAACCUUUGAAGGAAGAGGACCCCGACCACCAGCUCAGUGAAUACCCGGAACAUAGGAGCAGAGAGCCAGUCUUCGACUGGAGGAGUCGAGUUCCCUACCAGAGUGAAUGGGAGGAGUACAAGCACGACUUCGCUGGUUUGAAGGAGGAAUUCGAGAUGCCGCCACGGAAGCGGCUCAAACCGCAGGGAUCAGAACUCUGA